AUGGAUAGUUCACAAUUAAAAGAGGCCACAAGCAAAGAACUUUAUGUCACUCUCUCAACAGACCUAUUGGGAGGUAUUCCAAUACGACGUAAGAGAAGGCCAAAACAGGCCAAUACAAGAACUUUAAAUGGCCUACCACCUCUACCAGGAGACUCUAGUUCACAAUCUAACCCAACGAAGCUUGAGUCGACUCAAAAUGAAAUGAAUGCAAAUUCCGGAUAUUUUCAUUAUACGGAGCCAUUAUCGCAUCAAAAUAGCUUUGGCCUACUGGAUUUUUUUGAACAGUCAAAUUUGGAUGCGACCAAUUCAUUUAAGCCAUGCUCCAAAGAUAUUGAACAGCCAGCUACACGAAAGGGGAGCAAGGCUUGCUUAUCUACGGCACAAACGUUUAGAAUGAACCAUAUGGGUACCUCAUCAAGCAGCAGUAGACAAGCAUCACUUAUGGACCAAACACUCGAUGCUCUCAACGCGUUCGUUCCUCUAUCGCCCUCCAUCAACCAUGCAUCGUUUUCCCUGUCACCUGACGCAUCCGUGCAGAAAUCAAUUUGUAUCGACGGCAGCAAUGAGGUUGGUGAUAAAACUACACCACUACGACGAGAGAUUACGAAAAAGACUGUAGGGCAAGAAAUUCUUGGAGAAUUGACUGAAAUGAAGAGCACAGCGAAUCCACCAGACUCGUCAAAUCAACCAUCAAUUCCAUCACCUCCUAUACAGCAGGUUUUAAACUCAAAUGUAAAUAAUCAGUCAUUUAAACCUACACUAUCACUUGAUAUUCCCAGAUUUGUUCCCGGAAAUAAAAGGGAGCAUAGUCAUACAAGUCUUGCGCGAUCAGCUACUGCAUAUGUAGCACGCUCUAAUACUAAAAUGAGACCCAUGAGCAUGAUUAUAAAGCCAUUGACUAUUGAUAUCACACCAACAAGAAAAAACUCCAUCGUGUCAAUUGCAAGAUCCACUACUGUGUUGUACUCAUCAGAGCCAUCCAAAACCAUCCUUAGAUCCGCUACUACACUUCGCCCAUUCAUAAAUACUCAAUCUCGACCAUCCUUUCCAAGUACGUUAAUUAUGGGUUCAAAAGUAAUCUCCACCGAAUCUAAUACCUUGGAGCCACCAUUGGAUACACCGGAUACAAGCAGUCAAUCAUCGUCAAUGAGAUUUCAACGAACACGAACAAGAUAUUCCAAUAACAGUGUGACAUCACCUCUUGGAAUACCUAUUGCUUCAGUCAGCAGACGUAAAUCAUCAUAUCAUGCUAUGGCUAGACCCAUGUCCAUGCCACCCUUUGCGUACAAUAGAGCAGAUCGAUCAUCACUUUAUAAUGAAGAAGAGGAAUUGAAGGAGCUCUGUGGAAACAGUAAACCUUUUGAAAUAGAAGAAGAAAUGACAGCAUCGAUGGCGAUCGUGACUGAAAAUAAUGGAAUGGAUGCAUGCGAGCCACUGUGGAGCGAUGAUCAAGACUCGGUAUUGCUGUUAAAGAUUCAAAUAGAUGAACAAGCAGAAAAGCUCAAGAUGGAGUCUAGAGCAAUGAGUACACGAGGAGUAUACUCUAUGCAUAGUACAAGUCAAGAUCUGCAUAGUGAUAAUGAGUUGCUGUCCCCAAGUAUUUACAGUAAUGGGGUAAGUGACAGUGAGUAUCAGAGUCACUGUAGCAGCAACAACAGUAUCUACGAACUAAGCUUAUUGGACAGAGACUAUGAAGUGAGAUUAAAGGUGAGUGAAUACCAUGAAUGCAAUUUGAAAAGCAAGUUGGCCUGA